AUGUCUGAAAGUUUAUCAGACGUUCAAGCGAGAUUUAAAGAGAAAAAUGAAAAAUCGUACCCAACCUGGUGGUUGAUAAGUAAAACCGAAUGCAAACCACGAUAGCGCUCGUUUACAAAAUUUGUGGCUCUCAUGACUCGUUUCAUUUUUAUUGUAAUAACCAUUUAAAAUAGAUGAUUAAUUUAGUGAAAUGAUUUUUAACAUUUCCAGAAAACUUCCGUAAGUAAACUUUAGCAAAUAGAAGUGUAUUAUUACACUAAUCUAAUAUUCAUUAUACUUACUUACUACUACAUAUUUACUCUUAAUUUGUAAAUCAUAAAAUGUAUAAAUUAUCAAACAAUAAAAAUUAAAACAGAGAGUUAUUUAGAAGAAAACGUAAACAUUUAUUGUAAAUUCAAAAACGUAUAAAAAAAAACAUAACUAGAUUAUAUUCAAUUUUUUUUUUAUUAAGUACAAUAAAUAAUAACGAACUUCGUGUAAACUAUGCAAGAAUUUCUGCUCAAACAAACAGUUCUAUAAAUGAUUUGUUUUACGUGGAUAUAUAGCAGUGUAGACGCAAAUAACCUUAAUAUUUUGGAAGGUUUAUCACUCCAUCUAUUGAUUAUGUAUGCUUAGUAUUUACUUGAUAAUGACUUGAUUUGGGAAGCUUAGCUCAAAUUUUGUAAAUGUUACAUAGAGCCAUGGGAUAGGGUGUAAGCAUACAUGAGCUUAUAAUAAUUCUAUAAUACUAUAAAAAAUUUUUCUGUAAAAAAACACUGUAAAAACAGGUACUCCUCCCCCCCCAAAAAAAAAAAAAUAAAAUCGAAAUUACAUCACUUAAUGAAAUUAUCAAAGGUACAUUUUCUAAACGCGAUGUAGAGGACUCAACAUUAUUUAUCUAAAAAUAUUUAUUUCCAGAGAAUAUUCCAGAAAACCAAGAAUGGUUCAAACUGAUUGAAAAAAGUAAGCUAUGUUUUUUGUAUUUUUCUUUUUGUUUUGUCUGUAAAUAAAUUUGUCUUUGUUUUUGGUAUACAAUUGUCUUCAUUUAGUACAUUUAGGAGAUUUUUGAUUUUCUUUGUAGUUUCUGAAUAAUUGGAAAACCCUGGGAAAAAAUGCCAAAAAAAAAAUAUUAGGAAUCUUCUCUCUAAAAUAUUUUCCAUUAUUUUCAAUUUUUUUUUUUUUUAAUUUAGUUCAGUUAAAAAUAAUUUUAGGUAUUUGAAAUUUUCACUGAAUACUUAUCUUUAUACAAAUACUUAUUUUGUAGAUAUUGUAAUAUUCCAUCGGCUUUUAAAAUUUUCGAGUUUUUCUUUCUAAUCUUUCACGUUUUAUUAGGUUUUAUGUCAACACAUUUUUUUAGGCCUUGUUAAAUGCUCAAAAAUUAAACAAGUUUAUUAAUGUUCUUUUUAUAAAUAUGUUUAUUAUAAGUACACACUACAUAAUUAUAUUUGAAUAUGUAAAUUAAAGAUAUAAAUACCACCUAAGGAAUACUGAUUUUAAUAUUAAUAAUAAUAUUUCAACUAAUGGUUUUUAAAAUAAUAACAAGGUGAACUUUAAAUUUAAUUUUUUUAUGUAUCCAUCUUCCUACCCCCAAAAAAAUGACCUAACUAUGAGUAUUUAUUAUUUAUUAUUUGUACAAUUAUAUAUACGAGAUGUGGCUAUUAAAUAACGAGACUGCUCGCCUAGAGGGCGCCUUAGAUGGGAAGUGAAAAAAACGAGUAAUGCGUUGGGUAUCUAGAUAUCUUAUCUAUGCACGUACCAAAAUACGUUUUCGUCACUAUUAUAGUAUUUGUGUAUUAGUGGUUUAAAACGAACGUGUUUUUUUCUCGUACCGAAAACCAUGUGUGACGAAAAACAUAAGCAACGGAUAAAUGUAAAAUUUUCUCGUUAAACUAAAAAAAACUCCAACUAAGUGCUAUAAGUUGUUAAAANGUGUUUUUGAGUGGCAUAAAUUAUUUUCUGAAGGUCAAGAGUGCACCGGAAUCCAAUUCAGUCGUAACCCAAAUUCAAAACCGUAUUCUUCGAUAUCAACGGCAUCGUGAUGACUGAAUGGGUUCCAGAGGGUCAAACUGUGAACCAACAUUACUAUUUGACAGUUUUGGCAACAUUGCGCGAAUGGGUUCGUAAGAAACGGUCGAUAUUGUGGAAAAACAAGUCGUGGAUCUUGCACCAGGAUAAAGCGUGAAGCGUUAUUUGGCCGCUUAAAGCGUUAUUAGGCCGCUUAAAGCACUAAAGUACUCGAACACGCGUCUUACUCACCCGACUUGGCACCCUGCGACUUUUACUUGUUUCCGAAGAUAAAGUCUGUCUUAAAAGAAAUCCGGUUUGAGUCGAUGGAAGAGGUGAAACAAAAAUCAGCGGAAAAUCCUGAAUGGUCUUACGAAAACAGAUUUCCAGCACUGCCUCGAGCAAUGAAAGAAACGAAUGAAACGGUGUGUGAUGAGGGGAGGGGAGUGGAGUAUAUUGAACGGGAUCAUUUUAAUGUAGAAUUACUUUUAUAAUCGAACACUUUUUUGUAACCGGUCUCGUUAUUUAAUAGCCACACCUCGUAUUCCAAACAAAUAGUACGUGUGAAUAAUCUGAUAUCAAGACUUUCUUGUCCGGUUUAAAGGAGUAGAAAUUCCAAAAUAACUGGAAAUUUAAACAGCUGUUUUUCAUACUUUGAUUUUAAAAAUUUUAAGGAAAAUACAUGCUAAUUUUGAAGAAAUUCUAACAACUUAUUUGGUCAUAACUGCUUAACAAGCUGACAGUCCGACGAAAUAUCUAGAAUACAUAAUAUGAUAGAUAUCAUGGCAAAUAAUACGAAUUUUAUCGUAAAUUUAUUUUUAUUUUUACAACUAUGAACCAUAGAUAAAUAAAAUAAAUAAAUUAACUUUUGACUUCUUUUGGAAAAUAAAGUCGUCAUUCAAGUUACUUUAAAAAAAAAAAUCAAUUUAAUGUUUUCAAUUCAAAAUUAUAUACUUGUAAUAACAUUAGAAUUACCUUUAUAUUGUAGGCAAUUUAGCGUAAAUAAAUAAUUUUAGGAAUAAUUUUGGUAUAAUCAUCCAUCGGCUGCUUGUUUAUGACUAAUCAAAAUAGUGCACGUUCUAUUUCAAUAAAGCAAUAUUAGUCAUGAUUGAAGGAAAAAAUGUUUUGUUUUGAUUACGCUUUAUCAGUGUGCGUGUUUUCCAGAAAAUAUAAAUGUUUUAUUUUUCAUUAGUCAUAAUAAAGCGUCAUUAGUUGCUUUAAAGCAGUUUUGCUUUACCAGUGUGCGGUCACCCUUACAGAUAACGACGAUGCGUCGUCGCGAAACGGCAGUCACAUGCAGUAACCUCAGCAGUGGGGGUAUGGCAUUGUAAUUGAUUACUGCGCCGCAAGAGCACCUAUUUACUACAUAUUACUACAACACUAUUUCUUUUUAACUUCUCAUUGUAAAAAAAAGUAAUAGAUAUUUUAUUUAUUUUGAAAAUAUGGCUCUAUACGCACAUAAUACAUUCUAAACUUUCUUUGGGUAUCUUUAGAAUUAUUACACAUUUAUCAGUUUCUGAAAACUGUUGGAAGUCUGGAACGUUGUUUUAAUACUCGAACAAUUUACUUUCGACGUCGUCUUAAAUUCUUUUGUGUUACGAGUUACAAAAUUAAGACUUCUUAGAACUUUCGAGCACAUAAAUUUAAUACGGGGAGAAAAUAAUAAAUUUAGCUAAAACAAUACCCCCAGAUCUUAGUACAUAUUAAUUUCAACAAGUUUAUCACCAGAUAACCAGAAGUUAUUAUUAAUUUUAUCAUAGAAACGAAAAAAUGAAAUUUUAGAACAUUUGGCUGUAAUUAUUAAGACCAUUAAAAAGAUACCAAACACUGAGUCUGUCCAGGUUAUCUUUAAAUAAUCUAGAGUCAAUUAUUGAAAACACAUUAGCAUAAAGAUCAUAAGUAAAUAAUUUACAGUUAUAAAUAAAACAGUUAAAAAUCAUCAAAAAUCAAAAUAUAGCAAACAACAAUGGCGAUAAGUGGUCACCUUGGGGGACACCUAACGAGACCAAAAAGAUAUCUGACAAGAAGCUAUAAAUUCUUACUAAUGAAUUUUCUAAACUUUGCUAGAGCAUUUUUGGAUUUUGCUUGGAUUUUGCCUACAAACUUUGGAAAUCCACAAAUAUGCUGAUGCUAAAUAUUUAUGGCUGCACCAACACAUUGUCCAAUUUCAAAAAAAAAAAAUUACCGCCAAUAUAUACUAGAAUAUGAAAAUAUAUUAUUUAUUAUUUUUUUAUCAUGAAAAAAAACUUACGAAUAAAUAGUGUAUCAUAUUUAAGGGAUAAAUAUAACUUUUGUUACGUUGGUAUGUUACGUGCUUCCAAACUAAAGUGUCAAUUAUGUCCUAUAGAGUUACACUCCCUUGAUCGGUAUCUUUUAAGUUUUAUUGAUUAAACUUGAAGUUCGUUUUCAAAUUUACCUACUAAUUUAGAAUUUCGAUUAUUCCAGGUUCUAUUACUGAAGAUUUAUAUGACGAACUGCGUGAGGGUAAGUAAAUUCGUAAUAGCCAUACUUCUUUGAGAUAGAUUAUAUUUCAUUAAGUACAAGAGCCACUAGCUCAUAUAAAGAUACUUACCUAGUAUAAAAUAAGUGCACCAAAUAAUAAAAACGUAAUACAAUAGUAGGUACUUUUUCGUCCAAUAAUAUCUUCUGCUCGCCAAUUUUUUUUUAUUUAAGUGGUAUUCUUUUAACUUGUGUCCAUAACUCGUUGAAAAAAAAACACCUAAAAUAAAUUAUUAAUUUAUCUUAACUAAAAGUUGACCAUAUUUAAAAAUAUUAAAUUAGCACACAUCAUUAACUUAUCACCAUAAAUUUAACUAUAUCUACCUUAAUAUCGACUUCUUAUAAAUUUGUUUGAAAUUAAAAAAAAAUAAAUAUUAUAUUUUUACAGGAAAAACGAUUCAAAAUGAGAAUUAUACAACAUACAUGAUGAGACUAUUUCUAAAUGGUAAUUAUUUUAAAAAUCAUUAAAUAUGAUAUGAUAUGUAAACUAAUAGAAAGGUGCAAUGUUGCCAGCAUUAGAUUAAUCUUAGUAAACUAAGAACUGACAUAAUUUUACACAAAAUCCUGACACCUGUCUAACAAAAAUAAAAAUAAUAUUCAAAUAUUAUUACUUAUUAGUUUUUACUUAAUUUUAGUGGAAUAUUUAUUUAAUUUUCAUUAUUGAUUUUAACCUAUUAUCACCUACGUAAAAGUUGGUUUUUAAACUGAGUUUAUAAGAUAAUCGAACAAUUGUGGUCGAUUAUUAGCUGUAAAUUCAAUUAAAGAAUCAAAUAAACGCCUUUUUUUACGUUGGUGAAAACGGCCAUAAGGGUUUUGUACGGCUUUGCCCGUGAAUUAUUGAUACCAAAAUAAUAAUAACGUAUCUUACUAUUUCUACGUUGUCCCUAUCACACUAAACCAUUGUUACCCAGCAAUUGUAUUUUAGAGAAUUUUUUCUUGUCCAUCACAAUCAAAUAACUAAUAAUAAUCAAUAUUAAAAACCAUUUAGGUCAUACACCUUUUAGAAUGUAAAUAAUAUAAAAAAUGUACUCAGACGACGAACAUAAAGACACUUCAUUUUUUCAAUAAGUUUAUAGAAUAAUAUUAAUACAAAAUGAUAAUAGGUAAUAAUAAUCAGACUGAAAUACAACCAACAACAAAUUUAAAUACGAUUUUCUUAUUAUAAAAUAAAAAAAAGAACAAAAGGAUAAUUAAUAUCUAUUAUUUAGCGCAUAUUCCAUUGUACAAAGAUUUAUGGUUUGAAGAAUAUAAUCUAUUAUAUACCUAA